AUGAGCGCGGAGGACACCAAGCUGUCCAAAAAGCGCUCCAGGAGCAAACGAUCCAAGUCUAUCUCCCUGAUAGACUAUGCUCCCGUCCCUACUGUACCACGUGACCUCAAGGCCAGGGUGUUGUCUCCGACCAGACGACACAAUCCACAACCACUGGGACUUCGCUUUCAACCUGGUUUCCAUUCUAUCACACAGCCAUAUGCCAUCUGGAACCCCAACUUCUGCAACACGAGGGCACGCUUUCCAGAUCUUCUAGGUCACCUAGAACUUACAAAUUUUUCCUGUAAAUCUCCUCCAAUCAGUUUAUCGCCAUGGGAAGCUGACAGAGAGGGUCCGCCAACCAUACACUACAGUUUAGAAUCAACUUCACGCUCCAGUUUCCAAGACCCGAACUCGUUUCCAAUGAAAGCAAAAUUGGGUAAGCGAAGGCUACCGACGCGCUUCAAUAACCGACCAGACGAAGGCCUUACUAUUGGAUUAGUGCCCCGUGCACUGCCAAGGGUUCCCGUACGGAGCAAUGUAAUACAUAUCAAGCAAGGAAUCCGGGUACGACCCAGUGUAAAGAAAACUGUUUUAUCAAACAGUGCACUGAGAGCAAUAUGGAAUGAAAGUGGGAUGAGACCGUUAAGCRGAUUAUUGGUCUCUUAAACAAAGGUAAAAGGUGCUGCAACCAUCGCAACCUACGAGGGCAUGACGUCAUAGCGACAUCAUCCACCAACUAUGACGUCACAAUACCUUUAAAAAAUGCAUAAUGUAGAAGAAAAAGUCGUCAGCGAUGUAAAGUAAACGAUUUUUAUUAUUCUGGAUAUAUUAUAAAAAUAUGCUACAUUACAUGACAAACUGAGAGAAAAAUAAAAUGAGGAAAAUCUCAGUAGUCUACAAAUGAUAACUUACAAGAAUAACUUAUUUCAUAAAAAAAGAUAUGAAGGUUGUUAAGGCUUCAAAAGUAGAUAGAAGUUAAAUAAUCAAAUUUUGAAUUUCAAAUGUAUAUACAAAAAGAUUUUAAAAAUAGCUAAUUAUAUAUGAUUUAAAACACUCAUUAAUA